AUGCCGCGGCCACCGCGCGAUUCCUACGGCGAUCAGAAACCUCCGUACUCGUACAUAUCCCUGACGGCGAUGGCGAUCUGGAGCUCUCCGGAGCGCAUGCUGCCGCUGUCGGAGAUCUACCGGUUCAUCACGGACCGCUUCCCGUACUACCGGCGCAACACGCAGCGCUGGCAGAACUCGCUGCGGCACAACCUCUCCUUCAACGACUGCUUCGUGAAGGUGCCGCGCCGCCCGGACCGGCCCGGCAAGGGCGCCUACUGGACGCUGCACCCGCAGGCCUUCGACAUGUUCGAGAACGGCUCGCUGCUCCGGAGACGCAAGAGGUUCAAGCUGCACACGGAUCAGAGAGACAGCUUCAAGUCGGAGUUGGCGGCGUUGGCUAACUUCAACCAGCAGUUCCUGGCGGGGCAGCUGAACGUGAGGGUUCCACCGCUGCAGGUGUUCGAGGCGCCAGUGCUGCCUAGUUCUUGUACAGUGACUGACACGGAUAAGGACAGUUGGAGGAAGUCGUUCUCCAUAGACAGUUUGUUGAGUAGUGGAGUGGACAGUAAGGCUAGUGGUGAUGUGACCGCGGAUGCGCGCGCGCCGUUGGCGGCGUACCGGCCAGACUUGCUGGCACUGCAGGCCAUGUGGCGUCCGUUCCUGCCGCCAUCGCCUCUUGAGCAUCUUCAGUUAAGACUUAACUUUCAAAAUAUUAUCGAUAAUUUUCAUUUUUAUCUCCAACAACCGUUGCACUCUGUGUAACUUAUUUAUUUUAAGCUGAUGAUGACUGUAUAAAGUGCAAUAGUUUUAGGUGAUUCAUAGAUAUUAAACCAUAUUUAAUUGUGGUUUUAUAACAAUUGUUGUACUUAAAUAGAUGGUCUGUCCACAAAGAUGUUCAUGUUUUUUCUGAUAUCGAUAUCGGAGUGAUAAAUUACAGUAAGCGCAUUUUAUCUACAAACGCAUUUGUAUGAUAGGUCUGUCUGUGCCUAUUUACCUACCAAUAUGUAAAAAAUGUUCAAGUGGGUUCCAUCAACGCAAAGAAAAGCUCAGGUAUUCUGCUCUGUUUUAAUUUUCACUGUAGUACUGUACUUUGUCUUAUUAUAAUUAAAAUCAUAUCGAUUAUAAUUUCAUGUGGAAUUAAUUGAUAAAAAGGAUCAUUCUAAGUAUUUAAUUUUCACAAAAGUUCGUUUCAUCACAUUCGUUAUCUUGCUGUCCUUGCCUAAUACAAAAUGUUUGCUAAAAAUAGGAUGUAUUCUGUACAUAUUUAAACUAUUAUUAAAUGUAAAUUAUUAGAAACUAAACGUAUGGUAUGUUAUGAUGUUAAAAAGCUGUUAAAGUUUAUUUCAUAUUUUUAGUCUUUAAUUAUAUUGUUAAUUUGUAACCUUGGAUUUAUUGUGUUAUCAUCUGUUUUGUCAGUGUCAAAUUAAUUGUAAAGUAAGUUAAUUAAGUACAUUUAAUAAAAUAAAUUAAUGUAAAAUA